UAUUCCUCCCCCACUAGUGUUCACUCCGACCAGACUAGUCCCAUCCCCUCUCUCUCUCUCUCUCUCUCUCUCUCUCUCAUAAAUUCAGCUUUUUCUCUUCUUUUGUCUUGGUGUUCAUUUCUGUGUAUGCUUUCUUGUUUAUCAUAAUUAUUCAACUUGCUUUUAUCACCCUAAUUUUUCAUAUACACUCGGAUUGAUCUCUACUCCCCGAUCUGGCUAUAUAUAUCGUAUAUAGAUUCUCUGUCUUUCACCAAUUACGCUUUGAAAAAUUAUGUCAAUGGAAUUGAUGGCAUCCUCCGAACGUGUUUGUUAUGUUCAUUGCAACCACUGCAACACCAUUCUAGCGGUGAGUGUUCCGGCAUUCAACGGUCCAUUGGCGGCGGCGACCACUACAGUAGUGACCGUGAGAUGUGGUCACUGUGCAAAUCUGCUGUCUGUGAACAUCGGAGCAGCUUCGGUCCAGUAUCACUCAACUAGUCCUAGUCCUACUGCCGCUGCUUAUCCUCAUCCUCAUCCUCAUCCUCAUCCUCAUUCUCAGCAAUAUCAUUCUCACCCUAACAUUUUCACUCACCAGAAGCAACAUCAGGUGAGCUCUGAGGACUACGGAUCUUCAUCAUCAUCAUCUACUUCUUCCAAAUGCAACAAGUUUGCUGCUGCUCCUGCAUUUGAUCUGUCCUGUACAACUGUAGACCAACCAAGAGUAGUCUCUCCCAUUCGCCCCCCAGAGAAGAGACAGCGCGUUCCUUCCGCUUAUAAUAGGUUUAUCAAGGAGGAAAUCCAAAGGAUCAAAGCUAGUAAUCCUGACAUUAGCCAUAGGGAAGCUUUUAGCACAGCAGCAAAAAAUUGGGCACAUUUUCCUCACAUUCACUUUGGGUUAAAGCUGGAAAGCAAUAAGCAUGCAAAGCUGGAUAAUCAAACUUUUGCAGGAGAGGGAACUCAAAAGUCGACUAAUGGCUUCUACUAAAUUACAGGUGUGAGAUAAUCGGGCAGUACUCAAACAUCGAUCAUAUCCAUCAUCAAUGGCACCACUCAAAAAUUUGAGGUUAAUGAAGUCUCCUAGCUUAUAACAGAAAUUAGGAUACCUCCUUCAAAUUAACCUCAGCACGUAGUACCCAUUGUGUACCAAUUACAUAUAUAAGUAACUGUUUUUUUUUUCACAAGUUCUUUAUCACUACGGUAAAUUCAUAUUAUGAUUCUGUUCGAUGAAUAAAUUCUUUUUAUUUGAAAAUAUACAGUGA